AUCAUGGCGAAUGAACAAGAACAAUUUGACACCCUGUUGGGUUCGUUGAUGUCUCCAGACAACGAUGUCAGAAAUCAAACAGAGGCAGCAUAUGACAACAUCCCAGUUGCAGUCAAGGUUCCGUUUCUCAUCAGAUCCUUUCGAAAUGCAGAGGUUCCGGUAGAGGCACGGCAAAUGGCAGCUGUACUCCUCCGCCGACUUAUCAGCACUUUCCAUGAGCAGGUUUGGCCAGAGUUAGGGACAGAUAUUAAAGAAUGGGUCAAAGGUGAGCUACUGAAUGGAAUACAGCAAGAAACCGUUCCACUGGUCCAGAGACGAAUUUGUGAUGCAGCGGCAGAGUUGGCAAGAAAUUUAGUGGAUGAAGAUGGCAACCUUCUUUGGACAGAAAUUCUGAAGUUUCUUUUUGAGUGUGCUUCAUCGCAGACUGUUGGGCUCAAAGAAAGUGCCCUUCACAUUUUCAACAACUACCCAGGUAUCUUUGGGAAUCGGCAGGGCUAUUACCUUGACGUUAUCAAACAGAUGUUAGCUCAAUGCGUUGCAGAGCAAGAACAGUUUAGCGUUCGACUCUUGGCAGCCAAGGCAAUCAUUUCAUUUAUGCUGGCAGAGGGGAGCGACACUGGCACACAGAGAAAUUUUGCUUAUCUUAUACCCUCUGUUGUGCAGGUUUGUGUUGAGAGUGUGACAGCAGGAGACGACGACUCAUUACUUAAGAGUUUCAUUGAACUGGAGGAGUCUGUUCCUAAGUUGAUCCGACCACAGCUUCAUACGAUUGUCUGCUUAGCUCUAAGGAUAAUCGAGGACAAGAAUUUUACGGACAGUUGGCGUCAACUUGGUGUUGAGAUGCUAGUUACCUUAGCUGAGAACGCUCCAGCCAUGGUCAGAAAACUGCCUCAGUAUAUACCACACAUUAUUACUCAGAUGCUAGGUCUGAUGGUUGAACUGGAAGAGGAUCCUGAGUGGGCGAUGGGAGACGAUGUCGAUGAUGAUGAUGCAGACUCAAAUGCCGUAGCGGGAGAGAGCGCCCUCGAUCGCUUUGCAUGCGGGAUUGGAGGACGAACGAUGCUGCCACAAAUCAAAGUCACCAUACCACCUAUGUUACAAAAUCCUGAUUGGCGUUACCGACAUGCAGCUUUAAUGGCUAUCUCAGCAGUUGGUGAAGGUUGUCAUAAACAGAUGGAGAACAUGUUAGGGCAGAUUGUGGAAUCUGUCUUACCAUUCCUUGGGGAUCAGCAUCCUAGAGUACGAUACGCAGCGUGCAAUGCGUUGGGUCAGAUGGCCACAGACUUUGCGCAGACGUUUGAGCGUAAGUUCCACCAGAAGGUUGUGCCGGGUCUCCUCGCCGUGUUGGAUGACCACGAUCACCCGAGGGUUCAAGCUCACGCCGGAGCAGCCUUAGUCAACUUCAGUGAGGCCUGCCCAAAGAAUCUCUUCCUCCCAUACUUGGACGCCAUCUUGACUAAACUGGAGAAGGUCCUCAAUUCAAAAAUCAGUGAGCUUGUCCAAAAGGGCACCAAGUUGGUUCUGGAACAGAUGGUCACAACCUUAGCGGCAGUGGCUGAUACCGCAGAAGAGAAAUUCCUGCAAUACUAUGACCGUUUCAUGCCCAACUUGAAAUACAUUGUACAGAAUGCAAGCAUGAAAGAGUUCAGGUUACUGAGAGGAAAGACAAUAGAAUGCAUCAGUCUAAUCGGCUUGGCUGUUGGAAGAGAAAAGUUCUCGAUGGACGCUAACGAUGUGAUGCAGUUACUUCUCAAAUCCCAAGUUGACCCCAAUGACCUCGAGGACGAUGACCCACAGGUGUCCUACAUGAUCUCAGCUUGGGGUCGUAUGUGUAAAAUACUCGGCCGGGAUUUCCAUCAGUAUCUGCCUCUGGUCAUGGGUCCCACAUUGAAGACUGCUUCUCUGAAGCCUGAAGUUGCGUUACUAGAUGCUGAAGAAGCCAAGACAAUGACGGAAGAUGAAGGUUGGGAGUUUGUGAAUCUUGGCGAGCAGCAGAGUUUUGGGAUCAAGACAGCAGGGCUAGAAGAUAAGAGCACAGCCUGCCAGAUGCUGGUCUGUUAUGCCAGAGAGUUAAAGGAAGCCUUUGCCGAUUACACGGAGGAAGUGGCUAAGAUUAUGGUGCCUUUGCUCAAGUUCUACUUUCAUGACAUGGUGAGGUUCACUGCUGCUGAGUCUAUGCCACUGCUGUUAGAAUGCGCCAAGGCUAAAGGUGACGCAUACGUUGCCUCCAUGUGGAAAUUCAUGUAUCCUGAGAUGAUUAAAGCAGUACAGACUGAACCAGAAGUUGAGAUCUUACAAGAACACAUGGACUCGCUGUCAAAGUGUAUUGAGUUUCUUGGGUUAGGCUGCAUCAGCAAUGAAGAGAUGGCAGAGAUUGCCAAGACAUUAAAUGAUAUGCUGGAAGAACACUUCAAGAGGCAAGAUGAUAGACAAGAAAAGAGAAAAGAUGAAGAUUACGAUGAUGUAGUGGAAGAAAAUUUACAAGAUGAGCAUCAAGACGACGCGUACCUCCUGAGUAAGAUAUCAGACGUUGUUCAUGCCAUCCUCGGUACCCAUCGAGAAGCUGGUGUCCCGUUAUUUGAACAACUUCUCCCUCAAAUGGUCCGACUAUUGUCGACAGAUAGACCAUGGACCGAUAGACAGUGGGGAGUUUGCAUAUUUGAUGAUGUCAUAGAGUACCUUGGCCCUGCUUCAUUUAAAUAUCAGGAGUACUUUUUGAGUCCAUUGCUACAAUUCAUUUGCGACAGAAGUGCGGAGGUACGGCAGGCUGCUGCAUAUGGAUGCGGGGUAAUCGGCAAGUUUGGUGGCCCUCUAUACGCGGACGCAUGCUUAGAGGCAGUCCCAAGGCUUUCUGCAGUCAUUGCAGACCCAGAAUCCAAGUCUAGAGACAACAUCAACGCAACGGAAAACGCAAUCGCAGCCGUCACCAAGAUCCUGCAGCACAACAACAGCAAACUGAACCUGCAUGAGUUGUUGCCCGUCUGGUUGUCAUGGUUACCCGUCACUGAGGACAAGGAAGAAGCAGUACAUGUGUACAGUUUUCUCUGCGAUCUGAUUGAAUCCAAUAACCCCAUCAUUCUUGGGGACAACAACAGCAAUUUGCCAAAUCUGUUAGCCAUCUUGGCGGAGUCGUUCAUAUCAGAAGCUCUUAGCGAGGAUGUAAACAGUCUGCAUCGCUGCAUCCAUAUCGUUAAACAAAUACAGAGCAAUGGGAAACUCUGGGCUGCCUGCGCCCAACAGCUAUCAACAGAACACCAACAAUCGUUAGUAAACGCCCUCAAGCUUGUGGCUUGAUCAUUGAACUGUCACCUUUGACCUCCCAAGUCCAUCACCUAUCUGCCAGUGCUUGGUGUGUGAUCCUGCUGUUAAAUUAAACAACCUGAAGUUCUUUGUGUGUCUGUAAUGCGUAUGACCUGUGCUCCAUGAGUUGUGCAUUAGGCUCAGUGUGUUCGGCUUCAUGCAUUGUGCAUUGACUUAAUGUGAUACUCGUUAAGCUUUAAGCGUGCGAGUCUUGUAUGUUGUGCAUUGAGCCUAAUGCAUUCUGCAUUAAGUCUGUACCUUGUGCGUUGUGCCCUUUUGUACAUUUUCAAUUUAACGUAUGAGGCUUAAAGACACUGGACACUAUUGGUAAUUGCAAAGACAAGUCUUCUCACUUGGUGUAUCUCAACAUAUGCACAA